UUUAUAAAUGGGAACACCGGGGUAGCUCGGGGAAACCGGGGGGUUUGUAGUUUAAUCGUGGAUUUGUACGCGUGCUUAUAACACGAGGGGAGGAAAUGUUUAACCUCUAAAUCGUUUGUUUCUCUCUUGUUUUGCCUGUGUGUGUGCGCGCGCGCGCAUAUAUAUAUAUAUACACAUCCUCCGAGAUAACGGCGGUUGCGCGCGCGUGCGCUACGUAAAGGUAAAAGACGCGUUUAGAAAUUUCCGCGUGCGUCUCCGUUGACGUGUGAAGAAGAGAAAGCGGCCUGCGGUGAGUGGAGAAAACGUCCAAAUCUCACGUUUGUGCUUUAAACAACACUGGGUUCGGAUCUCUGUGUUGUGUCUUGGAGCGAAAACCGAAUUUAUUUGAAGAACCCUGCUGACCCUGAGUUAACUGGAUCAUACAAAAAAGUUGCCAGGCACCAGUUGAGAUGAAACCUGAUGGGGUUGCUACAACUCCGGCUGAGCCAGCAGAAGAUGUAGUGGAGCCUGUUCCUGAAGUAGUUGCCAGUGAGGAGCAGGUCCAACAAGUUUCUAGUCCAUCAUCUUCACAGCUUGAGAAGCUUGAAAAUGAAAGUAAGCAGGAUGGAGAAACCUUAGCACUACCUCUGCCUGGAAAAGAGGUUAAUGGGAAAGUUUCAAAACCUAAGGUCAAGACUAAAGCCCCAAUAAAGACCACCAAGCCUAGUACAGCAGGCACUAAAGCAACAACCACAACAGGUGCUGCAUCUCGCCCUGCUACAGCUCAAAGCCGAGUGGCCAAUGGUGUUACGAAGAUAGUCUCAAACAGUGCAAGCAAGAAACCGGAGAUGAAGAAAAGUACCACUGUUGGAGUAUCAACUCAACUAAAAAAAGUGCCCACUGCAACAACUGUAGCGCCAAGGACACAGGUGAAGGCAGCUGAACGUAAAACUGUUACCUCUGUUAGGCCUGUAGCUUCUACAAGCAGUGGGGCACGAAAGCCCACAGCAACCUCGCAAGCACUGAACAGUAGGCCGGUCACAGGAGGUAACAAUGCUGCAGUUAAACCCAAGACCACAGCUCCAAGGCCUACUGCCGCACCUGCUGCCAAAGCCAGUGUUUCAGCUGCUUCCAAAGCCACCACUAAUCCCAAGGCAACCAGGCCAACUGUAGCAACUUCUCGUCCCACCACUUCCUCAGCAACAGUUAGACCAACAACCACUGCUAGUAAAUCUACAGCCUUAAGAACAACUGUCUCUGCUCCCUCUGGUGCCAACUCUGCAUCAGCAAAACCUUCCAAGGUCUCUGCUACUGUAGCAGCUAAAAAAGAAAUGAAAACCACCACCAGUGCAGCGGCCAGAAAACCGCUAGCCACUAUGACUACGUGCUCUACAGCAACAAAGACCUCAAAACCUGCUGUAGCUGCCAAGCGAUUACAUACAGACACUAGAAUGUCUCAACAAAAAAUGGAUAAAGUACAAGUACCAACAAGGAAGGUCCCACAAAGUCCCCGAAACAUUUCCUCACGCACUGCUUCAGGUAGAAUGGCUACAGAGAUUAGUAACCACAAGCAAGUAGUAAGUAGUAAUCCAGUCUCUGUGAAAGGUCAAACAGCCAAACCAACACAGUCAGUUUUGCCAUUAGUCAUCAAAGGAAAGCCUUUAGAAGAACAAUCCUCAGUGCCUGUGGGACCCUCUGCUGUUCUAGAAACUGCAGCCAUAGCAGCUGUAGAAUCUGUGAUAGAAGCACAAGUUCCAUCUGUUGAGCUAACACAGACUGAUCAACAGAUCAGUGCACUUGUUGAAGGUCAGGAAGAAGGGGUGCAAGUACCUGCCCCAGAGCCUACAAAUGUGGACCCCAGUUCCCCCAUAGAGAGGACAGAUGCUGAGCCAUUAGGUAUACAGUCAGCAGUUAAUGUGCCUGUACUUGAAACACCUAAUCCUCCAAGUGCUGUACAAUCUGAAAAUGUUCAUGACUAUAUUUUGGUUGUAGCACAUGACCUGAAUGAGCAAGAACAUGUACCUGCUUCACCAUGCGAGGUUCCAGUUACUUCCCAAGCGCCUCCUAAAGACUCGGAGGUUGUUGUGAAACAAGAGCCCAUAAUAUGCAAUUUUGAAGAGGAAGAGGAGAGGGAGGGCAGUCAGCAGGUGUCUUUGUCUGACAUGAGUGGUACACAGCCUACUGAAGAGUCCAGGCCUGGUUCAGCUGGUCUGGCUGGUUCAUUAUGGCGAGCAGGAGGCCUGCCCUCUGAAUUUGACUCUGAGGAUGUAAGCUGCAGCCAGCAGGGGGCCUCAGAGCUUAGUGCUCCUGGUGUUUUAGAGGGCACUGAAAGUAUGGAUGAUCUAGGUGAGGCUAGCCUAAAAGGUGCUGAUGGAGAAGGUGCAUCAGCUGGAUCUCCAGACUUUGAGAAAUUCCCUGAUAUUUUAGCCAAUGAAGAUGAUGAUGAUGAAGAUGAUGACCAUGUUGAUGAUAUGGAAGUUGGAUCAGAAAUGACUGAAGACCCACAUAGGCAAUGCAAUGACAAUGACAAUGACGAUGAGGAUGAUGAUGUGGAGAUGGCAAGUGAGGGUGUCACAGAGAGUGGCCUUGAAAGUUAUGGAAAUGCAGAUGAAGAUGACUUUGCAGAAGACUACAGAUUGGACAACCUGAAUCGUAUGCAGCCUUCAUCCAUUGUUUCUGCCCUUUCUUCACCAAAUCCUUUUGCUGAUGCCUGGAUACAGUCACUUCAAACAGAUCCUAUCCUUGUCUCCAGUCCUUCUUCCAACCAUUGGCAAACAUACUCUGAAUUGCCCAACCAACCUGCUGCUCAAGCCUGUUUGGAUAUUGGAAGUACCAAAACAGAUCUAUCCUCUCCAGUGGUUAUGGAUCCUGUUCCAAGCUCAACUCUGCCUUUCGCUGGGCCUAAUUCAGAAUUGAUUGUGGGCCUCAAACAAGACUUGGCAUCCCAUUCCCAACUCGUUUCUCAGUCUAGCAGUCUGCCUGACUCAGAACUAGCCAUCCAUACGCGUAGUGGUGCAAGCACACCUGAAGAGCUGAAAGACUACAGUAUAAGCCCUGGACUAGAGAAACACAAACCGCCCUCACCAGUCAGCCCAAAACCGGUGCCAGACAUUAUGCAGGACCUAGGAAUUUGUAGAUCUGAUACUGCAGGGGCUGAGCAUGAAGAGGAAGAACCUGAGACUCUGCCUGCAGAUAUGUUAGCAGGACUGUCAAAUGCAGUGAUUUCUGCACCAUCCUCCCAUUCUUCUGCCAUAGGGGAUGAGGCUAGUGACACAGAUGGGGAUAUGCAGAUCAGUGACCCUACUGAGCCUGGUUCCACAGGAAAUGAGUGCUUUGAUGGCACACAAGUUGCUCACAGCAUGUUGGCCUUGGUGGAGGAAUGUGAUGCCUGUGCUGAGAUGGAUGGAGGCGGUGGUGACACACCUCAGUCUGCUACUUCAGCUACCUCCUAUGGUUUUGAGUGCAACACCUCUAACUCUAAUGCCCAGUCUACGACAGAGAGCUGCAUUAAAAGCCCAGGCAUUCUUUCUCUCGAAAAUGAAGAGCAGCUUCCUGAUGAAACCAAAGACCCAUCACUUAUUAAGGAGCUGGACCUUGCACCUGCUGGUGCUCCUGCAGAUUCUGACCUCCUCGACCAACAAGAGGAGUUUCAAAUGAAUUCAGGGCAGCAGCAUAUGCUUUCUUGGAAGGUCAGUGAGGAGUUGCCGGAAACUUGCUCACUAAGCGGUACAGUCCCCAUUGAGACAGGCUUGGAUAGUUCUUCCUCUGAGCACCAACAAGACUUGGAUCUUGAUGCACCACAUUCCUACUACUCAACAAUAUGUGAAAAGACAGAUAGCUUCUUGACAGGAAGUCUCAUCUGUGUUCUGCAGCAAGAAAAGGUGCCCACAGUCAGCACAAGACCACCCAAGCCCCAUGGACUACGUGUCGAUCAUGUGACUCGUCUGCCUACUGAUCUUCCUCCGAGGAUGCCAAAUGUGGGGUGUACCUCUCAACUCCGUCGGCUAGAACAACAUCAGCUGCAACUAGAGGAGAUUGAACAGCGACGAGAGAAACAGAGUCAAAGUGUUGAGACGCAGAUGGAGGAAAGAAGGGUGAAGAAAAGUGCUGAGGGAACUGGGGGGAGAGAAAUGGAGAAGGAGGCUGAACAGAAGAGCAGGGAGGAGAAAGAGAUGAAAUUGGAGGAACAAAAACGGGAUCUGCUUCACCUGCAAAUUCAACAGCAGCAGCAGGAGCUGAAGCAGAGGCAGCAGAUCAUGCAGUGGCAACAAGAGCUGGAACAACAGAAACAACAAAGUAAGCACCAGAAAAAUUUAAGUGCAGUUCUUCUCUCACCUACUGGGCUUUGCACUAUCUAUGAGGGACUAGAGACCAGUGAUGCAGAGGAAGAGUUUGAAGACAAAAUGGAAGAGAAAGAAAUGGUGUUGAAAUUCAAGGUAGAACAUGAAUGUUCUCCCAAAGAGAGAAGUAGCAUCCCAGAGACAGGCUCCAUUUCAGAUAACCCAGAUUCUUCACAAUCACAGAGCACAUCUCCUAAUCCUAUUCCGGAUCAUGAAGGGUUAAUAACUCACUCUGUGACCAUGAACAGCCCACCUCUUUCCGGAACUAGCACUGCCCAACAGCUUUCACCUCUGGACCUUGACUGGGGCAAGAAAGCUGACAUUGUCCAGCAUCUGAUCAACCAGACAUUAUUACUAAAUGGGGACAACUGCUCCCCGCUUUUGCUUCUCCCUGGAGGGGCUGCUGGGACACUGAGCCCACUGGAGACAAGCCUGUGGCCCAGCCUGGCCCCUCUUACUCCAACCUCUGCCACAGUGACUUCUGUUAGCAGCUACUCUGCUGAGCUUUCAGGGAGUUCUCCAAAGGGGGAAUGGACAGUAGUGGAGCUAGAGACUCAUCAUUAAGGCCUAAUAUUGGGCUAGGCAGACUGAAAAUGUUUCAAGGGCAGCUGUAGAGUGUGAAAUGAAGAAUGAGAAUUAUGUGAUUCUGUUUUUACUUUGAUUAAAAAAAAAAAAAGAAUUCUACAGAAUCAUAAAUUCACACCCAAGGUUAUUCAUAUAAAAACUGUUGGUGAUUAGAUUAUUGCAUCGUCUGGCUGUCUUUCCCUUUACACACGAUCAUUUACCUAGGUGGAGUAUGGUAGAAGGCACUACUUGCCUCUUUUAAAAAACAUGUUCUUGAUGGCUUGCAUUCAAGAAAGAUGGCACUAUUAAGCAUGAAACCUAAUUGAAGCCUAAUCAAUGUUUGCGAUAACGGCUAAAACUGAUGCAGUGCCCCCCCCCCCACACACACACACACACAUACUAGGUAACUGGUAACAGCACGAAGAAAUGAAAAACAUCAGCAAUACAUAAGACAAGGCUUUUUUAGUAUACUAAUGAUAAUGGGGAAGUUUUAAAGGAAAUUGAUCUUUCAGAUACAAUGUAAAGCAAGUACUCUUUCAGAAGAUAGUAAUUUUCACUUUUUUAAAAUUAUUUAUUUUAAUGAAGGAUUAGCAAAGUUCUUUUUGGGCAGGGGGGGGUGCUAUUAAUAUCUCAGAAAUCAAAUUAUGGUAAAUAUAUGGUUAAUUUUUAGCACGGUUUGAUACAAAAACCUGUUUGUGCUACUUGAACGAUUCAUCUUGAACUAUUCAGAUGCAGUUGAUGCACCAAACUAAAGCCAUGUCUCUUAAUCCCUCUUUGUGCCUCAUAAAUGUUUCCAUGACCAGAACCAUCUUUUUACAUGGUGCGAAUGGAUUUUGCCAUGUUGUAUAUCAUUUCUGCACUGUGACCAACAUGAUCAAAUUCUAUAAAAGGUCUUGCAAUUCAUCUUAUAUGGCCCCUUUCCUGUAAAAUAUGUUGUAUUCGUACUUGUGAAUUUUUGUUUCCCAGGAUUUGUCACGGUUUAACUGCAUGUAUGUAUGUAGCACGGCUGCUGUUUUGUCUGGCUACUCUCCUCAAAACAUUACAAUUGUCCCCUUAGUUCAAAAGGACUGCUUCAUAAAUUUUGGGUAAACUAAAGGAUUGAGACUGCAUGCUCAAUGAAAUGGGUCACAACUGUGUGUAAAUGCCCAUAAAAGUAAAUCUAAAUUAUAGUGUAUACUUGUUUUCAGUUUGUCUAGGUAUGUGUAGAAACGUUUACAUUUUGUCUGACUUUUUUUUGUGUGGGUUUUUGGUUUUUUUUUUUUAUUUUUUUAGAUUAGUCACUGAAUUCUGUAAUCAGGGAAUCAUGUCUCCAGGUAUAUUCAGACCUAUAACACUGUCAUUAGUAUGUGGAAUAAAAUUUCAUGGUUUUUAUUAUUUAUUUUUCAGGAUUAGUGUAAGCCAGACACACUGGACUUGUUCUUGUUUAUUUACUGUAAAUAACAUUCAGGGAUCAAGGAAAAACAAAUCCAUGACAUUAAAUCCAAAAACUUGUAUGAACCGUGGUCACAUUAAGCACAACAAAUGUAAUUAUUUAGUUUUGUUCUGUACUUUGUGUAUAUUUUUGUAAUUUAUUUUAAAAUGAAGGAAUGUAUUUUUGUAUUUAGUGUGUAGAUGUUAUCAAACCAUGGCAGCUGAAUUUAACUUACAAACUGUUACUAUUUUGUCUGUUUUGAUGCUGAUGGGAAAAAUAAAACUGGAUUGGUAGAUGAUAA